AUGGAUGACUCUACAGAGUCGGAUGUGCUCUACGAGGCCUGCUCGAUCCUGAUGCGACUAUCAGCCCGUUCUAUUAAAGGAAUACGAGCCGAUAUCGAUCAAAUUGAAUUGCCAAACUUGUCAAUCGAAUUGCAAAAUUUGGUGGACGAACCGCCCGUGUAUGGAGCCGACAGGAACGGCAGCAGCAACAGUUUCAACUUCAUACCCUUGAUAUUGGGUCUCUUCGCCCUUGGUUUGAUUGGAGCGGCUGCACGUAACGAACGCAUUCAAGGCUGGACUCUGUUGCUGUCAAGAAUUUUACGAAGGCUAGUUCGAAAGGUGAAAACGUAUGUCACCAGGAUGAUCCUCACCCUUGGACCCGUUCGCAAGGGCGACUUACUUAAUUUACACAUGAAAAGCCCCGGCUCUACGUGGGAUCUUCGGUCGACUUCGCAGCAAUCGGCUUGUUUUGCGCUACAAGGCAGACGGCCCAAAAUGGAGGAUAGAUUCACUCUGGUCGAAAAGCUGGGAAACACGCCGCUCAAUCUCUUCGCUAUUUAUGACGGUCACGGAGGCGAAUUUGCAGCCGAUUUUGCUCAGCGUUGGAUCGUGAAUUGGCUGGAGAAACGAUCGGGGAAUUACAAGACUAAAUCGUCGUUGUAUCAACAGCAACCGAGCAGCCCUACUUCCAACACUCAUCAGGAUGUUAGAAUAGAGGAACCAAACGCCUCUGACAAUGCGUCCGAGACAGCUUCAUCGGAUAAAAAUGGAACGACAGAAAAAGUAGUCCGCAAAAACAGCCUGACCAGCCAACUACAGGAGACGAGCCCCACAUCCGAAAUGACUAAAACCCCGUCCAUGAAGAAAAGGCAGCAGUCACAACAAGAAGGUCAAGGGGAAUCGCCUAGCGGUGGUAGCAUGCUGAGGCGCGGAAGUAGUGGGAGGGAAGCUAUUAGAAGCCUGGAAUUAAGACGAAAAAGCAGCGCACACAACACUCGAGUCAAUCUCUCGACCACUUCAAAACGUCCAUCACUCGUUCCAAGUGGAGAAUUUGACCUGUCGAAUGAACUUACGACGGCUAUUAUGGAAUCGGAUAAGGCCCUGCUGGUCGAGGCCAAGAAGCGCAAUGACGUGGCAGGUAGCACCGCGUUGGUUGCAAUCUUAGAUACGGCCAGGGGACAACUGGCGGUGGCCAACGUAGGAGAUUCACGAGGCAUACUCUGUGACACUAAAGGAACUGUCAUUCCUUUGUCUUUCGAUCACAAGCCUCAACAGUUGAAGGAACGGAAGCGCAUCCAAGAGGCCGGUGGGUUUAUAUCUUUCAAUGGUGUGUGGAGAGUAGCCGGAAUUCUAGCAACUUCUCGAGCUCUAGGCGACUUCCCUCUUAAGGAUCGAAAACUCUUGAUUGCGGAGCCAGACGUACUUUCUUUUGAUCUUUACGAUCUCCGACUUCACCAGCCUAGCUUCCUAAUCCUUGCAAGUGACGGUCUGUGGGACGCUUUCAGCAAUGAAGAGGCCGCUUUUUACGUUCGCCAGCGACUACACGAACCGCAUCUUGGCGCCAAGAGUCUAGCUAUGCAAGCUUACCAGCGGGGAUCGGUGGAUAACAUCACUGUUCUGGUAAUCAACCUCAGCAAGCUCUAAAAAAAGUGAAGAAUCCCGUCCACAUAAAACUCAUGAACAUUAUUCAAAAUUCACCAUUCAUCACUUUCCAUAUAUUGACCUGAUAGACGACACGACAUUUAUGUAUCACCAUUUCAACUCCUUCAAUAAACUCAACCUAAAAAUA